AUGCUUACAAGGAACUGCUUAUCCCUGCUUCUCUGGGUCCUGUUUGAUGGAGGUCUCUUAACACCACUUCAGCCACAGCUACAACGAACUUUAGCCACACAACCAAGAGAAAAUGUUAUCCGCCUGCCAGUGCAGCGAUCACAUUUCCAACGAGUUAAACGUGGAUGGGUAUGGAAUCAGUUUUUUGUGCUGGAGGAAUACAUGGGCUCUGAACCUCAGUAUGUGGGAAAGCUCCAUUCUGACUUAGAUAAGGGAGAGGGCACUGUUAAAUACACCCUCUCAGGAGAUGGCGCUGGCACUGUGUUUACCAUUGAUGAAACUACUGGGGACAUUCAUGCGAUAAGGAGUCUGGACAGAGAGGAAAAACCUUUCUACACGCUUCGUGCUCAGGCUGUGGACAUAGAAACCAGGCGGCCCCUGGAACCCGAAUCAGAAUUCAUCAUCAAAGUGCAGGAUAUUAAUGAUAAUGAGCCCAAGUUUUUGGACGGACCAUAUGUUGCCAGUGUCCCAGAAAUGUCUCCUGUGGGUGCAUAUGUGCUCCAGGUCCAGGCCACGGAUGCAGAUGACCCAACCUAUGGAAACAGUGCUAGAGUCGUUUACAGCAUUCUUCAGGGACAACCUUAUUUCUCUAUUGAUCCCAAGACAGGUGUCAUUAGAACAGCUUUGCCAAACAUGGACAGGGAAGUCAAAGAACAAUACCAAGUCCUCAUCCAAGCCAAGGAUAUGGGCGGACAACUGGGAGGGUUAGCCGGAACGACAAUCGUCAACAUCACCCUCACUGAUGUCAAUGACAAUCCUCCUCGAUUCCCCAAAAGCAUCUUCCAUCUGAAAGUUCCUGAAUCUUCUCCUAUUGGCUCAGCUAUUGGAAGGAUAAGAGCUGUGGAUCCAGAUUUUGGACAAAAUGCAGAAAUUGAAUAUAAUAUUGUUCCAGGAGACGGGGGAAAUUUGUUUGACAUUGUCACAGAUGAGGAUACACAAGAAGGAGUCAUCAAAUUGAAAAAGCCGUUAGAUUUUGAAACAAAGAAGGCAUAUACUUUUAAAGUAGAAGCCUCCAACCUUCACCUUGACCACCGGUUUCACUCCGUGGGCCCUUUCAAGGACACGGCCACGGUGAAGAUCAGCGUGCUGGACGUGGAAGAGCCGCCGGUGUUCAGCAAGCCCGUGUACACCAUGGAGGUGUAUGAAGACACUCCGGUUGGGACCAUCAUCGGGGCCGUCACUGCGCAAGACCUCGAUGUGGGCAGCAGUGCUGUUAGGUACUUCAUAGAUUGGAAGAGUGAUGGGGACAGCUACUUUACAAUAGAUGGAACUGAAGGAACCAUCGCCACUAAUGAAUUGCUAGACAGAGAAAUCACUGCGCAGUAUAAUUUCUCCAUAAUUGCGCGUAAAGUUAGUAAUACAUUAUUAACCAGCAAAGUCAACAUAUUGAUUAAUGUCCUAGAUGUCAAUGAAUUUCCACCAGAAAUAGCUGUGCCAUAUGAAACGUCUGUGUGUGAAAAUGCCAAACCAGGACAGAUCAUUCAGAUAGUCAGCGCUGCAGACCGCGAUCUUUCCCCUGCUGGGCAGCAGUUCUCCUUCAGACUGUCACCUGAAGCUGCCAUCAAACCAAAUUUUACAGUCCGUGACUUCAGAAACAACACAGCUGGAAUUGAAACCAGAAGAAAUGGAUACAGCCGGAGGCAGCAAGAGUUGUAUUUCCUCCCUAUUGUCGUAGAAGACAGCAGCUAUCCUGUCCAGAGCAGCACAAACACCAUGACUAUUCGAGUUUGUAGAUGUGACUCUGAUGGUACCAUCCUGUCUUGUAAUGUGGAAGCAAUUUUUCUACCUGUAGGACUCAGCACGGGGGCUUUGAUUGCAAUCCUACUGUGCAUUGUUAUACUCUUAGCCAUAGUUGUGCUGUAUGUUGCUCUGCGAAGGCAGAAGAAGAAAGACACCCUGAUGACCUCUAAAGAAGACAUCAGAGACAAUGUCAUCCACUAUGACGAUGAAGGAGGUGGGGAAGAGGACACCCAGGCUUUCGACAUCGGUGCUCUGAGAAAUCCAAAAGUGAUUGAAGAGAACAAAAUUCGCAGGGAUAUAAAACCAGACUCUCUCUGUUUACCUCGGCAGAGACCACCAGUGGAAGAUAACACAGACAUAAGGGAUUUCAUUAAUCAAAGGCUACAGGAGAAUGAUGUAGACCCUACCGCCCCACCGUACGACUCAUUAGCAACAUAUGCCUACGAAGGAAAUGGAUCAGUCGCAGACUCCCUUAGCUCUAUAGACUCUCUCACGACGACGGAGGCUGACCAGGACUACGACUAUCUGACAGACUGGGGACCUCGCUUUAAAGUCUUGGCAGACAUGUUUGGCGAAGAAGAGAGUUAUAACCCUGAUAAAGUCACUUAGGGGAGAAGCAAAGACUAAACCAAGAGGAAGAAUUUAAGAAAAAGAAACACAAAUAGAAAUAUCACACACAUACACACACACCACAGGCUUUA